ACGGAACAUGUCAAAGGCUGAAAGAGGGCGAGAGUUUCCUUUGAGCCUCUCUAUCCAUUUCUCUCCUCUGGCGUAUGAAAGGGCCGGGAGGGGGCAAACUUGGUACACGCCCGCCCUGUCUGGAGCGGUUUUCCUGGAUACGCCUCUUGGCCUAUCCAAUAUCUAUUGACAUUACGAAUAUGAUCUGCAACCGGAGAAAUCGCAACACUGUCAUGUAUUUUUGAGGAAUAGCAUGGGGGAGGGGCUUAGUUUUUCGCAUUGUCACGAUAGAACAACUCAUGACAUUUGACAUGUUUGAAUGUAAUUUGCUUGAGCUACCAACGUUCGGCUAUUAAUGCUUUGAUAUUCGAUUCGGUAGCUAUAGGUACUGAGGUCUACUCACCCUUUUGUCUGGUCCUUUCUUAGUUGCAGAGAUGGCAGAAGAGAUCUACAUCCCACCAAUUGUUGUUGAGCACCAGUAUAAAGGUAUAUGGUACCCCGGUGUGGUACUAGACUCUAGUAUCGAUCGAAUGAAAACCUUUCAAAUGCGCGAAGAUGAUAUCUUCAUUGUGACCUAUCCCAAAGCAGGAACUCAUUGGAUGAUGGAGAUCGUCGGCUUGAUACUUAGCAAUGGAUAUCCAGAUAAGAUAGAUCGGUCCCUUUACUCUUCCACCAUAGAAAUGAUCUGCGUUGAUCAGAAAAUUCCACGUUCGAAGGAAGAGGAAAAGGAGCAUCCAAUAGAUUGGUCACCAUUUAUGGAUGUGAUCGAUAAAGCGCCCUCACCGAGGGUGUUUAUGACUCAUCUCAACUUUGAUCUUCUACCCAAAAACCUACUGAAGGCCAAGGUUGUGUAUGUGGCCCGUAAUCCCAAGGAUCUCAUUUUGUCGUGGUACAACUUCGCAGGAAAGAACCCCGGAUUGCCGUUCACCAUGGACGCGGCCAUUAAAAAAUUGAUGAAUGACGAAGUGCACUGGGGUCCUUGGCCGCAGCAUGUACGUCAGUUCUGGGAUCUCAGGAACCAUGAGAAUGUAACGUUUGUUUUUUAUGAGGAUCUCAAGAAGGAACCGGCCAAAUACAUUCAGAAAGUGGCUUCUGGAAUUGGUCGCCCUGUAUCGGAUGAAGUCCUACAGCGCGUUGUGAAGUUCAGUCAUAUUGACGCACAGAGGGAAACAUUUAACAAAAUGGCGGAAAGUGGGAAAAGAAAUUUGGUAAAGGCUGCUGGCACCUUCACUUUCAUUAAUAAGGGUGUGAGUGGUCGCUGGAAACAACACUUCACUGUGGCACAGAACGAAGCCUUUGAUGAAUGGUACAAAUCCAAGAUGGCGGACACGGAUCUCAAGUUUACAUUCGAGUAAAUUAAUACCGUUGCGGAGAAACAAAUCGAACUUUUCGUAUUUACUACGGAUUUACUACGAUUUACAACGCACCAAUUCCUUUGAAAAUGGAAUGAAGAGCUGAAAGGCUUUUGUCGAAAGUUGGUGGACCGGGACAGCAUCGGAAUCUUGAAUCUGGACAACGACAUAUUUGCAGUUAUUCGUCCGGUGCAAAUCUUCGGAUGAUCUCCUGCCCCAGUCCACCAUCUUUCCACAGCAGCCUCUCAGCUUUCCAUUGUGAUUUUAAUUGCAUUUUCAAAGGAAUCGAUGCGUUGAAGAGAGUUUCUCCGUAGUAAAUGCAAAAACUACCUAGUUUUAUAAUAUCUUUGGCACAGAACAACAACAACAACAAAUAUCAUUUUAAAGAGGUCCUUGCUGCAUGAUAAAAAGCACCCGGGAUUAUUCCGCACCGUACAUGAUAUAUAUGUAUCUUGGAUCCUGCCACUGAAUGUAUUAUGCUGCAAUCUAACGUAGAUACCGUCACUCGGAUGGAUUUCCCUCAGUGGACCGCACCAUGUAUUGUAAUGUCCGAUGUGAUUGAUGUGAUUUCAUUUGGCUUUAUUUCCUCAUUCCACAGCACGGAAAAUAUUAGAAUCAUAUUUGAGAUAUAGAAAAGAAGUUAAAAUGGUCAAAAAAACUACUGUACCGACAUUGGGUGUUCUAUCGUUAUUUCUGAAUGAGAUUAACCCAAGUUAAUCGUGAAGUAUUUUCAAGCUUUGAAGUUUGCAAUGGUAGGCCUAUAGGUGGUGAUACCGGUGAUGACGGAUAUGAUGAGGAUAAUAAUGAAUGUUUUAAUUCUAAAUGUGCACCAGGUAUUAACAUGGAUUUUGUUUUUAGUUCAGACGUUUUUUGGAAAUGCUUCUUAAUUUUCAAUAUCAUCCUUCAUAUGUUGUAACGUAGUUUGCAUUUUUCUUUGCAAGAAACAUCGGAAUGUUUUAUGUUCCAUCUCAAUAAAGUAAUUGUCAGAUAAUUCAAUAUUAAGGACUUCGCCUUUCAAUAAAUUUUGAUUUAUUGAAGCUCAAUGUUCUUUUUAUUACAUUUCUACGUUUUGUGAAUUUUCUUUAUAAUUAUACAGUGUGUUUCAGGUCACCGAAAUUCAAAAGUCAGCUGUUUCAAGAAUUCAUGAUUCAUUCUUGGGGUUUCUAUUUUACGUGAUUGAGUAACUCAUCAACUCUCAUUUCACACCUUGUGUGGGUCACCAUUGUUACUGGUCAUAUAGUUAUGAUCCUUCGAAGGCUACGGUUACAAAACCUACUUUUUCAAGUUUUGGGGUUUUAUUGUACAUGCACGAAACCAACAUUGUAGUAAGGUUAAUUUCACUAGCGUACCAACGGGGGGGGGGGGGGAGACUGCCCCCCCUGACGAGUCACAACCCAUGCAAGGAACAUAUCCCUGCCCCCUCUUGAAGACCUUUUUUUUUUUUUUGCUUGUCAAAUUUUUUGGCGGACAAAUUUGCCCCCCCCCCCCUGUGGAAAAUCCUAGGUACGCCACUGGUUAAUUUGCCGUCAGUGUUAAUUUUUGUGUGUGUGUGACUGGCAUUUACAUAUCAACUGCCUAUCUUCAAACUUUGUUGAACACAUUUAUUCUUACAUUUUGCACCAAAACCUUCAACGUUUUUAUAGUACCUUCCCGGUCAACGCUGCAUGUCUUGCAUUGCUCUUAUAACCAUUGCAGGAUUGUGACGAAGAACAUCUAUCUUAUGAGAAACAUGUGCCCUUUUAGUCACCAAGGAUGUGCUCAACCAAAAUUCCAACUACCCACCAUGACAUUCACUUGCAAAACAGGUAGCAGAAGGGAUACAAUUUAAUCGAGGGAAAACUGAUGAAACCAAAAUUGUAUAAACAACAUGGGUUUCAUGCAUAAUUAAAACCCCAAACUUAGAAAAAGUAGGUUUUGUACCCUUCGCUUUCAAAGGAUUAUAACUCUGUGACCCUUGACAAUAAAUUGUGACGCAAUGAAGGUGUCAACUUAAAGUUGAUGAGUCAAUCAGUUAUGUAGAGUAGAAAUCAAAAUAAUAAAUUAUGUAUUCCUGAUAUAGCUGACCUUUGAACUUCGAUUACCUUAUUUAUAGAAACACCCUGUAUAUCAUGUAUACAUUAUACAAGCGCCCCCGUGUCUGGUGCAUCCACAUCAAGGGCACUACCUAUGAGAGAGUAUGCGCUUUACUUUUUUUUUAAUCAUGACGUAUUUUCAGAUGCCAGGUAAAAACGGCAGAGGUAAUAAUGGCAGAGGUAAAAAUGGCGAAAGUAAAAAUGGCAAAGGUGAAUAUUGCCGAGGUAAAAAGGACAGAGGCAUAAUGGCAGAGGUAAAAAUGGCACAGGUAAAAAUGGAAGAUGUAAUAAUGGCAAAGGUAAAAAUGGCGAAGUUUAAACUUGCAGAGGUUAAGAUGGCAGAGGCAAAAGUGACAGAGAUAUGGGGAACUGGUUUGUAAACCCUAACCAGACCGGGGUUUUUUUUAGGGGGUGUUAUCUGACCGGAGGGGGUGAUAAAAAUCUCAUUGAUGUAAAUAUUCUUUAUACCAUCGGUAACUAUUACUGACAAAUAUAACAAAAAAUCCUUUUUUGAAAAAAAAAUUGUAUUUUAUUUUUUAAAGAAUUUCUUAUGCCAUUUCUUUGUUUUCGACCUUUUUGUUUUGUUUUUUCGCCAAAUUUAUAGCAGAACCUUUCUCGCUAAUGAUUCAUGCUAAAAUUAAUUAAUUUCAGCAGAUGAAAGUAAGAAUAAUCAUACUAUGAAUAACAUGAAACUAAGUUUACAUUGACUUUGUACACAAAAUCACGUUUUGGAGCAAUUUUGGGUCUGACAUGCACUUACGUAAUGUUUCGUAAUUUUCCAACCGCACGCGCAAGACUUCAAAGUAAAAAUUCAGCGAGCGUCGCGGUCGAAAAACUUCGCGCAGCGGAAUGGUCGUGGAAAAUGUCGAGGGGCCGGGGUUGAAUCAACCCCCGGCGGUUUUAGGGUAAAAAAGUAUUUUGUUCAGAAAGGGUAAAAUGAACAAGAAAGGAUUUAUUUCAACACAGUGAAGUUCAUUUAGGUAAGACAAAAUUACAACCAAAUAAUAAUAAUAAUAAUUAGAUAAUAAACAAAGAUUUUUCUUCUGUCCAAAAGUAACUUGUGUCAAAUCCUAACAUCUUAGCAUACCAACCUGAUUUCCAGCUAGGGGGUGCUGCUUAUGGUGUACAAAUUACCCAACAGCACUCCCGCUUCCAAGGGUUAUGAUCAUCAAGGCGUUUAUAUUCAAUAUCAUAUUCGAUGCAGUGGUAUUAGGUCCAGUGUCUUCUUUUAUUCAAACAAUCUGAACCAGACCCUCGAUCGACCCCAUAUUGGUUUACCAGGGAAAACAAGAUUAUGAUUGAUUUUCAUAAGUAACAAAAUCAGUGCCGAACCUUGGAAUGCAUGCUUAUUAUUUAUCAUUCAAAUAUCUAAAAAGAAUAGAACAGAAGACACACAAAUAAGGACAAAAUAUUAAACCACACUCGUUCGUGACUUAACGUCUAUGCUUUCCCCUCGAUAUUCUCUUUGCUUUUUCCCCCGCCCCCUAAACCUUCUUAUCUCUGUCUUUCACCUCUUUCACGUCUACUCUUCCUCAUUUUUAUCGGUAAACCUGGCAAAGCAGUCUCAUUUUACUUCUGAUCAAUUGAAUGAAAAACAAUAUUUGUUCUUUGAUUUCUUUAACCCCCCCCCCCACGGUACACCUUCAUAGAAUUUGUUAAAUAGCCUUGCUAGGCCGAUGAACACAUAAUGAUGAAAUGUCUAACCGAGACAUGCACUUCAGGCAAAUAAUGAAUGAAAAAAAAAGCAUAUCGCUGUAUGUGUGAUUUUCUUUUGUUCAUGUUUAUGAACGAUAACGAAACCGAAACGAUGUGUAAAACAUCGCUAGUCUCAUAAAAAAUGUCAUUGAAAUGACAACUACUAUUACUCUUGAUAGAGAAGUAAUUUAUGCCUGUGCCAUUAUACCCUUGCCAUUUCUUACCUCAGCAAUAUUUACCUCUGCCAUUUUUACCUCUGCCAUUUUACAUUUGCCUUUGAUACCUCUGCCAUUUUUACACCGAACCCAAUAAUAAAAUAGGGAGUUAGAUUAUAUUUCUGUUGGAAAUUAAAAUACAGGGAAUUGUUUAUCUGUCGAAAACAUGCAAAGAAUAAAUGUGAUUUUAUUACUAUUGUAA